UUUCUCUUCCCAAUCUUGCACUUUCACUGUUUCAGUGCUGCCACGGCGAGGAGAGGAGAGGAGGCUUUCCAACCCACGUUUAUCUACUCCUUGGAAGGCGAGUGAGGGGGAGACCCUUCACCACUACUGCUCUCGUCUAUACGUUUACGUUACCGUGCUGGUAACGGACCACGUACUGAUCACGACCACGGCAUUCCCGGAUCGGUUGGUCACGGGCUAUUAGGACCUAGGACAUUUAAUCUCAUUCUGGACCAACCGUUCCAGUUCUAGCAGCGAGCAGCGGGAGUUUGAGCAGAGAGGCACCGUACCCUGGUUGAUAUCCGUAGCGGGUCCCUUCUCGCGCUCUGCUCGCUCACAGGCAGACAUGGAAGAUGGUCCGUCUUCGACAAGCUGUUUUAGAAGGAUCACGGACUGUUUUCUGGGCUCAAGUCUGACGGAUGACCAAGUGAAGGAUUAUUUAACCCUUCACCCUCAGAUGCUGGAUGAGUUUGUAUCGGAGAGCGUGAGUUCAGAGACGCUGGACAGAUGGCACAAGAGGAAGAGCAGCGGUAGCCUGCCUGCAGACACGUCAUCAUCAUCAUCAGCUAAAGAAGGCAGCAGGUACCAGGACAGUAACAUGCAGAAGUUGGUGCAUGACCUCACCAGUUGUCUGGAACAGUGUCUGGACACUAAGCUGCUUCUCUAUGACCUGUGUACCAUCAUCAAAACAGCCACGAAAGCAGAUGGAUUUGCCCUUUAUUUCAUGGGAGAAUGUAACAAUAGUGUGUGUUUGUUUAAACCAACGGUGGCUGAGGACGGUCCUCCCACCCUCAUCCCAGCUGGCCCGGUCACGUUUGGGACCACCAUCGCCACACACGUGGCCACAACACGCCAAACUCUGCUAGUAGAGGACAUCACAGGGGACCAGCGUUUCCCAGAAGGCACAGGUCAGGACUCAGACUCAGGGAUUCAUGUUCACUCUGUCCUGUGCCUCCCCAUCCUCACGGCCAUCGGUGACCUCAUAGCUAUCCUGGAGCUGCAUCGGCACUGGGGCAAUGAGCCCUUCAAUACCAGCAACCAGGAGGUUGCGACGGCGAGUUUAGCAUGGGCAUCUGUAGCUAUUCACCAAGUACAGGUGUGCAGAGGCCUAGCCAAACAGACGGAGCUCAAUGACUUCCUGCUAGAAGUGUCAAAAACGUACUUUGACAACAUUGUGGCAAUAGAUUCUCUACUUGAACAUAUAAUGAUAUAUGCAAAAAACCUGGUGAAUGCGGACAGAUGUGCACUGUUCCAGGUGGACCACAAUAACAAUGAACUGUACUCAGACCUGUUUGACAUCGGGGAGGAGAACGAGGGCAAACCUGUCUUCAGGAAAACCAAAGAGAUUAGGUUUUCUAUAGAGAAAGGUAUAGCGGGCCAAGUGGCACGGACGGGGGAGGUCCUUAACAUCCCAGACGCCUAUGCAGACCCACGCUUUAAUAGAGAGGUGGACCUCUAUACGGGAUACACCACGCGGAACAUCCUAUGCAUGCCCAUCGUUUCCAGGGGGACCGUAAUAGGGGUCGUACAGAUGGUUAACAAGCUGAGUGGAAGUGCCUUCACCAAAACAGACGAGAACAACUUCAAGAUGUUUGCCGUCUUCUGUGCUCUAGCCUUGCACUGUGCCAACAUGUACCACCGGAUCAGGCACUCUGAGUGUAUCUACAGGGUAACCAUGGAGAAGUUGUCCUACCACAGUAUCUGUACUUCAGAGGAGUGGAAGACCCUCACACAGCUGGACCUUCCUACGCCCCUAUACAAAGAGAUAGAACUGUUUCAUUUUGACAUUAGUCAGUUUGAGGAGCUGUGGCCGGCUGUCUUUGUAUACAUGGUCCACAACUCAUGUGGAGAGACCAGUUUUGAGUUGGAGAAGUUGUGCAGGUUCACAAUGUCUGUGAGGAAGAAUUAUCGGCGUGUUCCCUACCACAACUGGAAACAUGCGGUGAACGUGGCUCACUGUAUGUACGCCAUACUGCAGAAGACCACCGGCAUCUUCACUGAGAUAGAGAAGAAGGGUCUGCUGAUAGCCUGUCUAUGUCAUGAUCUGGACCAUCGAGGAUACAGUAACACCUACCUGCAGAAGUUUGACCAUCCUCUAGCUGCCCUGUACAGCACAUCUACAAUGGAGCAGCACCACUUCUCCCAGACUGUAUCCAUCCUCCAGCUGGAAGGGCACAAUAUUUUCUCCAACCUGAUUUCCAGUGAGUACGAGCAGGUGUUAGAGGUCAUCCACAAGGCCAUCAUCGCUACAGAUCUGGCGCUCUACUUCGGCAACCGCAAACAGCUAGCUGAACUACUGAGCACUGGAGCUCUGGACCUGGACAACCACCAACACAGGGACCGUGUGAUUGGUCUGAUGAUGACAGCAUGUGACCUGUGUUCCGUUACCAAGCUGUGGCCAAUCACGCGACUCACAGCCAAUGAUAUCUACGCUGAGUUCUGGGCUGAGGGGGAUGAGAUGAAGAAGAUAGGUAUACAGCCCAUCCCUAUGAUGGACAGAGAUAAGAAGGAAGAGGUUCCUCAGGGGCAGGUGGGGUUCUACAAUGCUGUUGCACUCCCAUGUUAUACCACCUUAUCUGAGCUCUUCCCCCCUUCUGGCCCUCUUCUACAAGCCUGCAAGGAGAACCUUGGCCAGUGGGAGAAGAUAGUGAAUGGAGAGGAGGAGGACAGUGGAGUGAGAGGAGUGUGGGCUCCGUCAGAGCCUGUUGACCCCAGGAUAGAGCCUGUUGACCCCAGGGCAGAGCCUGUUGACCCCAGGGCAGAGCCUGUUGAUCCCAGGGCAGAGCCUGUUGACCCCAGGAUAGAGCCUGUUGUCCCCAGGGCAGAGCCUGUUGACCCCAGGGCAGAGCCUGUUGACCCCAGGGCAGAGCCUGUUGACCCCAGGGCAGAGCCUGUUGACCCCAGGGUAGAGCCUGUUGACCCCAGGAUAGAGCCUGUUGACCCCAGGGCAGAGCCUGUUGACCCCAGGGCAGAGCCUGUUGACCCCAGGGCAGAGCCUAUUGACCCCAGGGUAGAGCCUGUUGACCCCAUUGUAGAGCCCAGCACGGAGGAACCAUCUAACCCUGACUCAGGCCCUGUGAAGGUGGACACCUGACUAGUAGUGAAGCCACUGCUCGCCCUCACUACCACGCAAGUCAAUACACCCUCACUACCACAUGCCCUCGCUACCACAUGCCCUCACAAUGUCCCCUGCCAGCAGGUGUGUGUACUUCCUGUCUGGACUUCCUAUGUCAGCGACUCAAUUCCUUCUGCAACAGGAAGGGGCGGGAAACAUGCGUAGGGACGAGGGAAGAUGAUUGGUGGAUUUACUGACAAGGGGAUUAUUUUCGGAAACACACAGUUACCUCAUUGGGUGAGGAAGGAGAGGAGGUAACACAGACGUUGUCAUCCACUCCUGUAGACACGGACGGAGGACCGCAGGGGUGUGUUCAUUAGGCACCAAACGCAAACAAACGGGCCGAAACAGGGAGAGACUACCUGGGCCGGUCCAAUAAGAAACAGUUGUUUUACGAUUUCCGUUGCAAAAUGUUUUGCACUGAUGAAUACAGCCGAGUGGGGAUUCGGCACCAAUCACCUGAUCUACCAACCACCUGAUCCACUAACCACCUGAUCCACUAGUCACCGGAUCCACCAGUCACCGGAUCCACCAGUCACCUGAUCCACCAGUCACCUGAUCCACCAGUCACCUGAUCCACCAGUCACCUGAUUCAACAACCACCUGAUCCACCAACCACCUGAUCCACCAACCACCUGAUCCACCAGUCACCGGAUCCACCAGUCACCUGAUCCACCAACCACCUGAUCCACCAACCACCUGAUCCAACAGUCACCGGAUCCACCAGUCACCUGAUCCACCAGUCACCUGAUCCACCAACCACCAGAUCCACCAGUCACCGGAUCGACCAGUCACCUGAUCCACCAACCACCU